AUGGACAUCGUCACGCGCCUACUGUGGGGAUGGGACGCCCGUAUCCACGCCCCAGAUCAGCUGGGCAAGGUGUUUGUGGUGACGGGCGCCAACUCUGGCCUGGGCUACGAGACCACCCUGCGGCUGGCGGAGCGCAACGCGCUCGUGGUUAUGGCGGUGCGCAACACGGAGAGCGGCAACAGGGCCGCGGAGGCGAUCCGCUACCAGGUGCGCGGCGCCAAGCUGCUGGUGUGGCACGUCAACAUGGCCUCAUUCAGGUCCGUCCGCGCCUUUGCAUCCCGCGUGGCGGCGUCCUUCCCCUCCGGCAUCCACGGGCUCGUCAACAACGCGGGCGUGCUGAACGCUCCGGUGUCGGGCGCGGCAGCGACAUCUGAGAACGGGAUCGAGGUGACACGGGCGGUCGAUUAUUUUGGCCCCGUGCUGCUGACGCACCUGCUGCUGCCGUCACUGGCCGUGGCUGCGCCGUCGCGCGUCGUCAGCGUGUCGUCACUGGGGGAGGCGCUGGGGGCGCUCGACUGGGGGGACCUCAGGGGCCUCAACAGCCCCGCGUCCACGUUCCGAGCUUACGGCUGCGCCAAGCUGAUGCUGCUGAUGUGGACGCGGGAGCUCAACCGCCGCCUGCGCGGCACGGGCAUCGACUGCUUCGCUGUGCACCCAGCUGUGGUGUGA